GUGAAGGUGUGCUGCAAAAUGAUUAUGCUCUCCUGACAAGAGGCUUUACAGACGGCAACAACGGCAAAAGUUAGGAUGACAUUACGAAAGGUCUCGUUUUGCAUCGUUAUUCUCCUAGUCAUAUGGAACUGUCUUAAGUAUGAGGGACACAGAGAGUUUCUAAAUGGCUUCUUUGAGGAGUUAAUGAGUGCAGAAGAAUCCAGCAUUCAUCUAAGAGAAAAAAGAGAAACUUCAUCAAAUUCCACUGAGUAUGAGCUUCAAGCUGUUAUAAGCGUCUCAAAUCUGGAACAAUUCCAGUCGAUACUGAACACCCUCAGUUUUCCUUUAUCGAUCAACGCCACUGGUGAAAUUACAAGCAUUAAUACAACAACAGUGUGUUCACCAAAAAAAACUGCAAACAUAACUGAAUACCAGUGCACAUGUGAGGAGAGCUUUGCUUGGUCAUAUAACAAAUGCAUUAACUAUGAGGCCUGUGAUGCCAUCGUUGGUGAUACAUGUGGAUGCAUUAAUGGACUUCCAGCAGAUGGGCAAUAUUGCCAGUUAAAAACCAGCAACCCAGUGCCAGUGGAGUAUGAUAUAAACUUUAACUUGCUCUUGCCAGUAUCCAGUCUGCCCCCAAAUUUCAUUGAUCUGUUCAGAGACUAUGUGGGAAAUUUGUCAUUCCCCCAAACCUUCACUCAGUCUUUAAUAAUAGAAGACUUGAACUUCACCACAUGGUGCUAUCCAAACUCUACCGGAGGAAUGCAGUGUCAGUGUGAGGACCACUUUGGUUGGUCAUGUGACAAGUGUGGCCUAUACGGUGCAUGCAGUAAUGUUACCUCACAAACCUGUGGGUGCAUCAAAGAGCUUCCUCCUGGUGGAGAGUUCUGUGAACCAAUCACAAGUAUUCCUCCAUGUCCAACUCCAACUCCUGAGCCAGUGGAAAUAGUCGUUGACAUUGAAAUUCCAGUAUCCAGUGUGCUCCCAAAUUUCAAUGAUGAAAUAAGACACGCUUUGCAAAAUUUGUCCUUCCCAUAUCUCAUCACUCAGUCUUUAAUAAUAGAGGACCUAAAUUUCACCACAUGGUGCUAUCCAAACUCCACUGGAGGACUGCAGUGUCAGUGUGAGGACCAGUUUGCUUGGUCAUGUGGCAAGUGUGAUAAGUACGGCGCAUGCAGUAAUGUCACCUCCCAAACCUGUGAUUGCAUAAAGGGAUUUCCUCUGAGUGGGGAGUUCUGUCAACCAAUCACAGGCGUCGCUCCUUGCCCAACACCACCUCCUGCACCAGUGGACUUUGAUAUAGACCUUGAACUGCACAUCCCAGCAUCUAGUGUGCCCCAAAAUUUCAGUGUUGUGCUCAGAAAUAUUCUGAGAAAUUUCUCCUUCCCCAAAAUCAUCACUGGGUCUUUAACACUGAAAGACUUGAACUUCACCACAUGGUGCUAUCCAAACUCCACUGGAGGACACCAGUGUCAGUGUGAAGACCAGUUUGCUUGGUCAUGUGGCAAGUGUGAUAAGUACGGCGCAUGCAGUAAUGUCACCUCACAAACCUGUUAUUGCAUAAAGGGAUUUCCUCUGAGUGGGGAGUUCUGUCAACCAAUCACAGGCGUCGCUCCUUGCCCAACACCACCUCCUGCACCAGUGGACUUUGAUAUAGACCUUGAACUGCACAUCCCAGCAUCUAGUGUGCCCCAAAAUUUCAGUGUUGUGCUCAGAAAUAUUCUGAGAAAUUUCUCCUUCCCCAAAAUCAUCACUGGGUCUUUAACACUGAAAGACUUGAACUUCACCACAUGGUGCUAUCCAAACUCCACUGGAGGACACCAGUGUCAGUGUGAAGACCAGUUUGCUUGGUCAUGUGGCAAGUGUGAUAAGUACGGCGCAUGCAGUAAUGUCACCUCACAAACCUGUGAUUGCAUAAAGGGAUUUCCUCUGAGUGGGGAGUUCUGUCAACCAAUCACAGGCGUCGCUCCUUGCCCAACACCACCUCCUGCACCAGUGGACUUUGAUAUAGACCUUGAACUGCACAUCCCAGCAUCUAGUGUGCCCCAAAAUUUCAGUGUUGUGCUCAGAAAUAUUCUGAGAAAUUUCUCCUUCCCUGAAAUCAUCACUGGGUCUUUAACACUGAAAGACUUGAACUUCACCACAUGGUGCUAUCCAAACUCCACUGGAGGACUCCAGUGUCAGUGUGAAGACCAGUUUGCUUGGUCAUGUGGCAAGUGUGAUGAGUACGGCGCAUGCAGUAAUGUCACCUCACAAACCUGUGAUUGCAUAAAGGGAUUUCCUCUGAGUGGGGAGUUCUGUCAACCAAUCACAAGUAUCAUUCCCUGUUCACCAAUGCCAAACACAACAACACCAGAUCCUACUACUACAACACCAAUGCCAACAACUACAACAACUCUGAUUCCAAACACAACUACACCAAUGCCAAACACAACAACACCAGAUCCUACUACUACAACACCAAUGCCAACAACUACAACAACUCUGAUUCCAAACGCAACUACACCGAUGCCAAACACAACAACACCAGAUCCUACUACUACAACACCAAUGCCAACAACUACAACAACUCUGAUUCCAAACGCAACUACACCGAUGCCAAACACAACAACACCAGAUCCUGCUACUACAACACCAAUGCCAACAACUACAACACUGAUUCUAAACACAACUACACCGAUGCCAAACACAACAACACCAGAUCCUACUACAACAAAACCAUUACCAACAACUGCAGCGACACCAAUUCUAACUAAUACAACAAUUCUGAUGCCAAAUACAACCACACCAAUGACAGACACAACAACAACACGGGUUUGGAGUACUACAACAGCACCAACUACUACAACCACAGCGAUGUCAACUACUACAACAACAGCAAUGCAACCUACUACAAUAACAUCAACUACUGCUUUUGUUAAAACAGAUAAAUUUGAUAUGACCAUAAAUGUGGAAUUUAGUAACACAUACAAUGAUCCAAACAGUGUUUUUUUCAGAAAUGUUAACACUGCUAUUCAAGCAGAAGCACAGAAGAACAAAAUCACAGCACAAUUAAUUAAAUUCCGAAGUGGAAGCACCAUCGCUGAAUACAGUGUCACUGCUGCUACUUUACCUGUCAUCCAAACACUAAACAAUGGAAUUUUUGACCAGCUAGCAAAAAUCUACUCUAUGAUAUCAGAUGACCCGGGGGUUCUGGAUUUUAAAAUUGAAGGUACUGGAUUUUGGGAGGAUAAAGUCAUUGUAACAUGUGGCCCUCCACCAUUGGAUCUCUUUGGUACUGACUGGAGAGCAGAGUGGAGACGUGAUGGCAAUGUCAUAGCUCAAGAUGAAGUACACAGCAUUUCAAAUAACAAAAGUUACUCAGUCUUAUCUGUGUCACAGUUCAUUCGUGCCGACAGUGGAAAUUAUGAAUGCAGGCUCAUACGGAAAAAGGAUGAUUCAUUUUAUCGACAACGAUCCAAUGGAGCCUUCACACUCAAAGAGAAACCCUUGAUCAGAGUGGACCCAAUUGAAAAAUUUUUGCAGUGUAGUGGUGAAAAUGUGCCACUAAAUUGCUUUGUCAACAAUGACUAUAAUAUUAGUUUCAUAAACACGGAUAUUAGCGGUAAAAAAAGCAUUUCCUAUCAAUAUAAAACUGAUAGCUGUGCAGGCAAAGAGCAGGAUACAAUUACCUGUCAAUCUGUCUAUCCUCAAUUCAAAAAGACAAUAACACUCAGAUUUUACAAAGGCAAUCCUCAAAUAUGUGAUGAGGUACCAUUUGGAAAGGCAGUUAGUGGUUUCAAAGCCAUAAUACCCUGUGCAAACAAUGAGGAAGGAGAAAAGAGUGCAUUGUGCAACAACACAACAUAUACUGAAAGACGAGACACCUGCAUACUGCAACCCAUUAAGCAGCUGCUUGACCAGUCUAAGGUCUUGACUGCCACUACACUGCCAGCAUUUUUGCAACAGCUUAGUAAUGUUACAAAUGGGAAUUCUAAGCAAGUGGUUAACUCACCUAAAAAUAUUGAUGCUGUUGUUCAAAUCCUCGGAAAUGUAGCAGACAGAACAGAAUUAUUAAACAUCUCAAUCAAUGAAAACUCAAUGAAGGAUAUCUUGAUAACUGCAGGUGUUCUCACCACAGAUCAGGCAAGGGACUCGUGGAACUUUCUGAACAAAAAAAAUGAAAGUAUCUCGUAUGACAUCUCUAAACCUGACAGUGUUAGUUCAUCAUUAUUGCAGUCUCUUGAAAAUAUAACAAAACACCUUGCCAGUUUCAAUAAUUCUGGUAUUGACACGCCUUUUAUCAUCUUGAACAGAACUAUAUACACAAACCCUAUCACUGGUGGUUUUAAUUCUUCGGUGGAGAUAGAAAUACCAGAGAAUGAGGGUGAAAAUAAGUCAAUCACAGUGAUAACAUUUGCCUCUCUGAAUAAUGUACUCCCUGCAAGAGAAAUAGACAAUUCAUCAAUUAAGGUCAUCGGUGGCAGGGUUGUACUUGUUCAGUCCAGUGGCCAAAUCAAUAAUAUCUCUUUGAAAUUUGAUAUUUUAAAUGAUACACUGAGAAAUCCAAAAUGUGUCUUCUGGAACUUCAGUCUCCUUAAUGAUCUCGGAGGAUGGGACGAUGAGGGCUGUGAAGUGGUAAAUUCAAAUGAAACUGGAACUGUCACCUGCAACUGCAACCACCUGACCUCAUUCUCUAUCCUGAUGUCACCAAACAGUCCAAUUAGCCUAAUUUUGGACUAUAUAACCUACAUCGGAGUUGGCAUUUCCAUGGGUUCCUUGGUCAUAUGUCUCAUCAUUGAAGGCCUCAUAUGGAGAAAAAUAAGAACGAAUGAAACCUCUUACCUGCGUCAUGUUUCCAUAGUUAACAUUGCUGUGUCCCUCCUGAUUGCAGAUAUUUGGUUUAUAAUUGGAGCAGCCAUUUCAGAUACAAAAAACCACUCAGCAUGCACUGCAGCUACCUUUUUUAUCCAUUUUUUCUACCUAGCUCUGUUCUUCUGGAUGUUUGCCUCAGCUCUGUUGCUCCUCUACCGUACAACUAAUGUCUUUGGUGGGGGUUUGUCUAAAGCAUCUAUGCUGGCCAUUGGAUUUUCUCUAGGCUACGGAGCUCCUCUAAUCAUAGCAACAGUAACUAUAGCUGCAACUGUACCUGACAACAAAUAUAUCAGAGAAAAUGGAAUCUGCUGGCUCAAGUGGGAUGAGUCCAAAGCUCUACUGGCGUUUGUGAUUCCUGCACUUUCAAUAGUGCUGAUAAAUCUCAUUAUCCUGGUUGUGGUUUUGUACAAAAUUAUAAGGAGAAGGGUUGGAACAACUGCUGCACAAGCAGGUGAAAGGAGCGUUUUACUGGUUAUUGUCAAGAGUUUGGCUGUGCUUACACCAUUUUUUGGAAUAACUUGGGGUUUGGGAACUGGACUUCUGGUGGAUCCAAGAGACAUGGGAAUCAAUAUUGCAUUCGCAUUCUUCAAUUCGCUACAGGGCUUCUUUAUUUUGGUGUUUGGAACACUGCUGGAUGGUAAGGUGCGGUCAGCAAUAUCAUCAUAUGCACAACCGUCCAGAAGUAGGACAGGGAGCACAAGUGCUGGAAACUCAUCGUCAAGUGGACUUCAGUUUUUAAGGAACUGGAGACGUGGAAGAGAUGGCUACAACAUGACAUCCAGUGCAUCCAGUGAUUUACAUUUGGCUAGCAACACAUAAUGAAUGCAGAAAUCUGUGGUUAUUCAAAUAACAACCAAGAAGUCAGGCUUUUCUUUGUUCCUUUUUUCCAUAGUAUCAGUAAGUUAAUCUACUAUGGCUUUAUUAAUAGCUCAUAAUAUUUAAUCCCAGAAGAAUUUGGCUUGUUUUUUAAGGAAAACAAAUAAGGAAAAAUAUGUGUGAUCACCAAAAUAUUUUUGAAUGACAUAAUAAAUUUUGGAAUUGUAAUCAAACUUUGAAAAAAAUUAUGUAAUCUUUGUCAUCUUUGAUUUUGAUUUGCAUGCAUGAUUAUCAACACAGCACAGAGCAUAGAUUUGUAGUUAUACUAAUAGAUUUUUAUCAAUCAAUAUGUUUUUAAAGAAAAGAGUUGAGUGUUCUUAUAUUCUGAAGAGUGAGUAGAUUUGAUGUCUGAUGUAAACAUAAGUAAAACAUUGUACUCGCAAUAUACACAGAAAUACAAACUACCUUUGUUUAAAAAAAGUUUUUGUGUUGGGGACAUCUACUGUCUCAAAAUCUUGCCGUUUCAUUCUGUGUCAGUAUGUAUCAUGGCACACAGUCCCACAAAGAUCCUCAUGAAAACUAUUAUUUGAGCUGUAACAAUUUCAUUCAUUUGUAAUUCAAUAAUUUCUGGUAAUUUUUUAUUUUGUGCAUUUUGUGAAGUAGCCCUGUGUUGUAAAGAUGAAACAGAUGUCAGGGCACUGUUGCACAUUAGGUAGAUCUUAAUGCUGAAAAUGCUGAAAUUUCUCAUACUCGUGUUAAUUUUACCCAUACUUUUUUUUUCUUUGCAGAACAGAUAACCGUUAUUCUAAUUAGCACCUUCAUAAUCUUUACUGGCUACUCAAAGAUUAACUAAGUAUGCUUUCUGUGUGCCUUUUGUGCAUUUAAUGUGGUAUGUUUUUGGAUAGCUUUAACAUGCCUUAAUUUUGAUCCUGAUUAAUAAUGUAUAAAACUAAAAUUAGCUUUCUAUUACUAAUUAUGUCCUGAAUUUGUUAAACUUUUAUUCAGAAUUUGGUGAUUAAAAUCUUUUAAAAAUC